ACUUGCCUAAGGAGAAUGAGUCAAUGUCAAGAGUCAUAGUUGACCCAGCCUAACGACUCCAGACCAGCAGUCCAGGGCUUAGUCAGCGGGGCCCGGAGUGGCUUCCCUGGCUGGCACCUGGACUUAGGCUAUUUCCGUGCACGUUAAAGCAGAAUAUUGGAACGGUUGCACAGAGCUUCCAAAUAAUUUUUACUGCCACGCAAGAUUUAGCCCUGAGGUCCUAAUCUCAGGAUUUGGGAUAGGAAAAGCUGUCCUCUCCUCCACUUCGCCCCAGGCCGGUAGCAAGCAGAUACAGCGGGCGGUUCUGCCCAUCCCUUUUCGCAGAGAUGGCAACGAGUGACCACCAGCAUUAGCGGAGCCGGGGAGAGGGGAGGGUUGAUUAUUGCCUAAACGACUCUGCAUCGCUGCCUCUUUUUGAAACUAAGAGAAAAUGGUGGGAGCUCAAAAGAAAAGUAGGUAAACACACAGGCAACUUGUCCGGGGACCUCGACUAAGCAAAUGAAGCCUAAUUGUGUGUGCUAAGCCUGCAGUUCCCAACCUUCCGGGGAAGAUGGGAGGACAGGGCGACAAGGGCCACAGAAGGCAUGCCUCGCAGUAAAUGUGACCGCAGCUAUUCAGGCGGAAGACCUGAGGACUGCAACUACCCUCCAGCACGCGAGUGUCCGCCGCGCUGCUACCCAUCGACCACGUGACUAGUCUUUUUUAAAAAAAACUUCUUUGCCUUAAAAAAAAAAAAAAAAAAAAAAAAAAAAGGGGGUGGGUGGGGGAGAGACUCCACUUCCCAGAAGCCUCUCGUUACCCACGCAGCCGCAGUCUUGCGCAGGCGCCGCCAGGGCCAAACGGACACGUCUGUCACGUGGCCAGUAGCUGGCCAAUCCGGUUUGAAUCUCAUUUUUUUCCUCUCUCACCCCCCCUUCUGGAGCGGUUGUGCGAUCAGAUCGAUCUAAGAUGGCGACUGUCGAACCGCCACACUGGUUACUAUCUGGAGGAACACAGCACCAUCCAUGGCCUCACUCUUACACUCUGUUCUACUCACCUAAAGAAACCACCCCUACUCCUAAUCCCCCGGCUACAGAAGAGGAAAAACCAGAAUCUAAUCAGGAGGUCGCUAAUCCAGAACACUAUAUUAAACAUCCUCUGCAGAACAGAUGGGCACUCUGGUUUUUUAAAAAUGAUAAAAGCAAAACUUGGCAAGCAAACCUACGGCUGAUCUCUAAGUUUGAUACUGUUGAAGACUUUUGGGCUCUGUACAACCAUAUCCAGUUGUCUAGUAAUUUAAUGCCUGGCUGUGACUACUCACUUUUUAAGGAUGGUAUUGAGCCUAUGUGGGAAGAUGAGAAAAACAAACGGGGAGGACGAUGGCUAAUUACAUUGAACAAACAGCAGAGACGAAGUGACCUCGAUCGCUUUUGGCUAGAGACACUGCUGUGCCUUAUUGGAGAAUCUUUUGAUGACUACAGUGACGAUGUAUGUGGCGCUGUUGUUAAUGUUAGAGCUAAAGGAGAUAAGAUAGCAAUAUGGACUACUGAAUGUGAAAACAGAGAAGCUGUUACACAUAUAGGGAGGGUAUACAAGGAAAGGUUAGGACUUCCUCCAAAGAUAGUGAUUGGUUAUCAGUCCCAUGCAGACACAGCUACUAAGAGCGGCUCCACCACUAAAAAUAGGUUUGUUGUUUAAGAAGACACCUUCUGAGUAUUCUCAUAGGAGACUGCGUCAAGCAAUCGAGAUUUGGGAGCUGAACCAAAGCCUCUUCCAAAAGCAGAGUGGACUGCAUUUAAAUUUGAUUUCCAUCUAAAUGUUGCUGAGAUAUAAGAGAAGUCUCAUUUGCCUUUGUCUUGUACUUCUGUGUUCAUAUAUAUAUAUAUAUUUUUUGGCUAGAGUGUCCACUAUCCCAAUCAAAGAUUUACAGUACACAUCCCCAGAAUCCAUAAAUGUGUUCCUGGCCCACUCUGUAAUAGUUCAGUAGAAUUACCAUUAAUUACAUACAUUUUACCUAUCCACAAUAUUCAAAAAACAACUUGACAUUUCUCUACUUUACAGGAAAAAAAUUCUGUUGAUGUUCUAUUGUAUGCAGGAGCAUAUUUUGCUGUUUUGAAAGAUUAUGAUGCAUACAGUUUUCUAGCAAUUUUCUUUGUUUCUUUUUACAGCAUUGUCUUUGCUGUACUCUUGCUGAUGGCUGCUAGAUUUUAAUUUAUUUGUUUCCCUACUUGAUAAUAUUAGUGAUUCUGAUUUCAGUUUUUCAUUUGUUUUGCUUUUGUUUUUUUCCUCAUGUAAUAUUGGUGAAGGAUCCAGGAAUAUGACACAAAGGUGGAAUAAACAUUAAUUUUGUGCAUUCUUUGGUAAUUUUUUUGUUUUUUUUUGUAACUACAAAGCUUUGCUACAAAUUUAUGCAUUUCAUUCAAAUCAGUGAUCUAUGUUUGUGUGAUUUCCUAAACAUAAUUGUGGAUUAUAAAAAAUGUAACAUCAUAAUUACAUUCCUAACUAGAAUUAGUAUGUCUGUUUUUGUAUCUUUAUGCUGUAUUUUAACACUUUGUAUUACUUAGGUUAUUUUGCUUUGGUUAAAAAUGGCUCAAGUAGAAAAGCAGUCCCAUUCAUAUUAAGACAGUGUAAAAAACUGUAAAUAAAAUGUGUACAGUGAAUUGUCUUUUAGACAACUAGAUUUGUCCUUUUAUUUCUCCAUCUCUAUAGAAGGAAUUUGUACUUCUUAUUGCAAGGCAGUCUCUAUAUUGUGUCUUUUGUGGUGUCUUCCAUGUGAAUAGUAUAAGUUUGGAGCACUAGUUUGAUUAUUAUGUUUAUUACAAUUUUUAAUAAAUUGAAUAGGUAGUAUCAUAUAUAUGGAAUUAAAUUGAUGUGGCUAUCUUUGUUUUUUUUAUAAAGUAAGGCACAGUCCUUCAGUCUUAGGUAAAUAAUGUACUCUCUUAAUAUGUUAAUACUCAUGAGAAUUGGGAUCUGACGCAUCACCAUUUGAUUAGUGAAUUGAGUUGUUUGUAUGUAAGUUUCAAAAUGAUAGUAUAGGGAAAAGACAGGUGGUGGGGAUGUAUGCAUUAAGAAUUUUGUUGGUGUUGCAAUCUAAAUCGAAUGGAAUAAACAGGUAUUAAGCCAUUUAUAGUGAUAAAUUGUUGUAGUAUGGUAUUCUGUAAACUCGAAAACUUGAUCUACUAUUUGUAGGUAUCAUUUGAAAACAAACUUGAAAAUAUUUUGUACAUAGUACAUACUUGUAUAGUGCUGUGAAAUGAAGUAUGGCUAUCAGACCAAAGGAUAAGCCAAGCUCUAGGUAGCCGAAUGGAAAUUACUAGUUUGAGAAGAAAAUUUGUCUUUGAAUGGUGACUAUGACUUAAUCAUUUUAAAACUGAUAAACUUGACAAAAACCAUGUAUGAAAUAAACAUGAAAUUAAUAGCACUGA